AAGCAUCCAGCUUGUCCAGUUGUAGUUUAUAAAUGGUCAAACCAUUCGGAAGCUGCUUUCUAUUAAUUACACCGCGCAGUUUUCUAUCUUACCAUGCAUAUAAACUGAAGUUCAUUUGAUUUGCAGAGUUGUUCCAUCGUCAUGUCAUACUCAUAGAAGAAACUUUUUAUCGUACCAUUGCAUUGGACUAGGAUUCGAUCUUGUUUCACCCCGACCUAUAUUUCAUAUUUUCAUUCCUCAUUCCUCAUUUAGUCACGUGCCGUGCCAUUUUUCUAUGCAUAUAUAUACACUACAUGCCUCCUGAAUGAAUCUUCAAAUGUUUGAUCUUCCAGCGCAUCAAAGACGAAGAAAGGCACCCAAGGUAGCCUCUCUUGUAGCCUUGAGCAUUGCUUUAUCCGUUGCUACUAUUAUUUGCGUAUAUUCUCCUUCACUACUAUAUAAUCCUGGGAAUGUACCUCAAGCGGUCCCUUCUUCUGAUUCUCCCAGGGAAUCGAUAAGGAGACCUGAAAAAGAUGAUGAACCUGAGGCUGCAAAUUCACCGGAAAUAGAGCCAAGCGAACCACCAAGCUCCAUCAAGAGUGACUUGAUAGUUGCCCAGACUACAUUGGAUAGAAAUAAUUCUGAAAGGCGGUCUGCUCCAUCUCCAAGCCCAAGCCAAGGGGACGAAAAUGAGGGAAGAACGAGAAUUCCAAUCCAACGAUCACCGGAACAAACUAAGAGGGUAUCUCCAGUUCCUAAUCCUGCUGGCGGCAUUGACCACAGCAAAUUGGGAGAUAAAGAAAGCUGCGACCUGUUUACAGGGGAAUGGGUUCCCAACCCGGAGGCACCGUAUUAUACCAACUCCACGUGUUAUGGAAUUUAUGAUCAUCAGAAUUGUAUGAAAUAUGGAAGGCCCGAUACUAACUUUUUGAAAUGGAGGUGGAAACCAGACGGAUGCGAGCUGCCCAUAUUCGAUCCGCACCAGUUUUUGGAAGUGGUUAGGGGAAAGUCCAUCGCCUUUGUGGGAGACUCUCUGGCAAGAAAUCACAUGUUGUCAUUGAUGUGCCUCUUGUCGAGGGUUCUUUAUCCUCUGGAUGUUUCAACUGCUAAUGACGAAAAUAGACGCUGGGUAUACAGGGAAUAUAACUUCAACGUUUCCAUGUUCUGGGCUCCCUAUCUGGUAAGGUCAGAAAGAACUGAUCCCAACGAUAUAACCCGCCCUUUCAAUCUGUAUCUUGAUGAGUUUGAUGAUGGCUGGACAACAAAAGUUCAAGCGUAUGACUACAUUAUCAUCUCAGCUGGGCAAUGGUUCUUCAGGCCAACCAAUUUCUAUGAAAAUCGCACCCUCAUUGGCUGCCUGGCCUGUAAACAAGACAAUGUUACUCAGUUCACAAUGAAUUUUAGUUAUGAAAGAGCUUUCAGGACAGCUUUCAGAGCAAUUAUCAGCUUAGCAAACUUCAAGGGUGUAACAAUCCUUAGGACCAUUGCCCCGUCGCACUUUGAAGGUGGGGUUUGGGACCAAGGUGGAGAUUGUGUGAGAACGAGGCCCUUCAACAGGAAUGAGACUGUCUUGGCGGAUUAUAACUCAGAACUGCACAAAAUACAAUUGAAGGAACUUAGAAUUGCUCAAGAAGAAGGAAGCAAAUGGGGUUUAAGGUUUCGAUUAUUUGAUGUAACGCAGGCUAUGUCGCUGAGACCAGACGGUCACCCCAGUAAAUACGGUCACUGGCCAACUGAGAAAGUGACUAAUGAUUGCGAGCAUUGGUGUUUGCCCGGUCCGAUCGACGCAUGGAAUGACUUCUUACAAGAAUUAAUCAAACGGGAGGAAACAAAAAAAUCAUCAUAUAGGUAUACCUAGAGUAGUUGAGGAAUUCAUUUGGGAUUCUCCCCACAAAACGUACUCCCAAAAAUUUUAUUACUGCGACAGCAAUAAACUUCUAGCAUGCAUUUGUUUCUUCCAUUAUCCUUUUCUCUUUGCUUUUUUCUUUUUUUUUUUUUUUGACUCCUUGAAGCAAUUUUGUUCAACGGUUUGAAUAUUUGUGUUUCCUAUGAGGAUACAAAUAGAAUAUACCUUCAUCUUAUUACAUACACUAAAUUUUAAUCUUUUAUCAUGGUUAUUUUUUUCUUCAAUUAAUCCAAAAGUACAAGCUGACUUUGUUGACCACUUAGAUACUUGCAUACUUACGAUACUAACGAAGCCUGAUCCUCUGAAUCAAGCAAUUAAGAGCCAGGCACGACGGUUCUUGGGUUUGUCGAGAAAAUUCCGUCUAGAUGUUAUGAAUCUGGCUAAGGGCUGCAUUUCUUCCCUCGUCUCUGCUCUAGAAGUUGCAUAUGGGUUGGCUCCUAGCUAUUACUAUGACACUACCACGCUAGUAUUUUUUUUUUUUACUUGUGGGAACUUUCAUUACCGACGACUUCGGUAAGUGGUGUCUUGAGAGGGAGCCAAGUUCCGCAGCUAACUCUGCAAAUAAUAGUUGUUUUACCUAAUAUUCAACGGUUUGAAUAUUUGCGUUUCCUAUGAGGAUACAAAUAGAUCAUCAAUAUACCUCCAUCUUAUUACGUACAGUAAAUUUUACUCUUUUAUCACGGUAUUUUUUCUUCAAUUAAUCCACAAGUACAAACUGACUUUUGUUGACAACAUAAAUACUUGCAUACUUACGACACUAAUGAAGCCUGAUCC